GUUUGGUCAGGCAAAUUGAUCGAUCAUAGCCAUCAUGAGGUUCCUAAUAUUGGCGUCAAUGGCCCUUCUGGCAGUGAGCACUGGUGCUCAAGAGAUCAGGACAACAGCCGAAGUCCUGCAGAAGAUUUACUACAGGUGUGUAGACAGUGAGUCAAUGUUGUCAUGCGUCAAGCCAAAGGUCCUGGCUUACUUGAGCGAUGUGGUCAAGCAAGAGAGGGUGCCAAUUACUGAGGAUCUCGCGGUCGUUCGUUCCAGACAGAUGGCAUUCGAGAAUGACGACUACUCGCAAUACGAGGGAGUUGAUCCAGACAGAAAAGAACUCCUGCGUUCCCUCAUGUUGGAGAAGUUGGAUACCUUCCUUGCUAGUCACCAACUCGAAGCCAAAUUGCCAGAAGCCAUUGCUGGAUCAAACAUCGUUCCAAGGUCUCUGGUGGACUCCGUACCAAAGACCUUGAGCAUUCCCCUUUCAGAUGUCUCAACUGGACAGGGUCGUGGAUUCGUCAAGAAGGUCAUGAUUCCCUUCCUUCUGGGACUGAAGUUCAAGGCAACUGCGUUGGUGCCUCUCGCUCUUGCCCUUAUCGCCCUUAAAACGUGGAAGGCCCUCACACUUGGUCUCCUCUCCAUGGUCCUCAGCGGUGCCAUGCUCAUCUUCAAGCUCACCAAGCCCAAAGUUGCUUAUGAAGUCGUCCACUAUGGACAUCCUCCAGUUGAACACGCCGCACCACAUUGGGACACUGCACCCAACGGGCCCUAUCGCGCUUACAGAAAGUAGAGCAUACCAAAAAUACCUAAUGACCUCCCAACUUCGUUUUUAAUAUUUAUUCACUCGAUAAAUUAUUGUAUGAAUGUUAAAUAAAUGGAUUUUCGUUAA